ACAAGGUAAGAUCAGUGGCUCUGGAUUGAUGGAACUCUGAUCAGCCGGGAAUUGAAAACGCCUAUUACGAAACGUACAAAUCAAUCGUCAAUCUACAUUGACUGGCCUUUAGGCAGAAAGGAUUUCUUAUCAUUUUUAGUAUUUGUCAAACGUCGUGACUGUAAACAUUUUAACUCCCGGAUUAUACAAAAUCAGGGUCAGAGGCCACUGAACGUUCAGAGCCGUUUCUGCUCCACUCUUGUGGUGCUGCAGUUAAAACAUUUCUGUCAAACCGCCACUAUUCUUCAGUUUUGUGGACAAAUCUACUGAAAGUGCCCAGAAACACUGAAGCGAUCUCUUCUCCUUGCCGCUCGGCACGCGCCUGACAGCGGUCACCCCACUCGCUUACCUCGGGGAUGAGAUCGGCCUCGUUGCUCUUGUCUAGAAAGCCCAGGCGCGGCAGCAACAUCACAGUCCGACAUGGAAUCUUCUCCUGGGUCAUCAGGAUGUCAUCCAGGCUGAAGAAGUUUUCCUCCAAGCCUCCCGGAGGCACCGGCAAGUACGAAUCGGCGCGCGGCAUUAAGGAGGCCGCUAAACUAGUUCGUUACAUAGGAGGAGGGGCGGCAGGCUCGUGCCGCCGGAAAUGGGCCUCCAGUUCAAAUCUCCCGCCCCGCCCGCUAAGCAGAAGCCGACCGAACGUAGAGACCUCGCACAACUACGUAAUGGGUGGGCGUUAAUCGAUUUGCCCGGCCUUAUUAAAAUAGUACUCUUUUAUUACACGUACUGGCGAAAGGCGUGAUAAACUCACAGCGUCCGCGAAAACAAAUCUCGGUGACCGUUAUUUAAUAUACCGUCACCAUCUUCAACACAGACACAAAUAUACUUCUGAUGAAACGGAGAGGCAGGGAUUGUGGCGAUGGCGUCGAACCCACGUGCCUUCCAGUUCCAGCGCGCGGCAGGUGGUCGGUUAGAUUUUGAAGAGUUGAGGGGGGAAAGGGCGCGCGCGGAAGGUUGGGCUAGCGCUUGGCGGUACGAGGGGGGACACCACAGCGGACGGGCGGGUGAGGGUCGGAGUUGAAAGACGCAAGAAUGGCGAGCCACUCGGAGGUCCGUGACACCUCACCAAAGUUGAGAAGGAAGAGUAAUCCUCGAUUUUCUAACAUACAUAUUAAGUCGCGAAACAUCGAGAGGUCCAAGUUCUACGAGGACCUGGUGGAGGAGAUGCGCCGGAAAAUGUGUUGCCAUAAAAGUCGAGAAUCGUUAUUUAGCUCUUCCAGUGGAUUUCUCAACUAUCGUGGGAUUUUGAAUUGGGCUGUAGUUGUAUUGAUUUUGACUCAUGCACAUAUGGUUUUGGAAAACUUGAUCACGUAUGGACUCCUUGUGGAUCCUGUUCAGAUUAUAGCAUUUGCCUUGAGUGACCCCAACACUUGGCCUGGUUCAUAUUUGAUUAUUGCAGUUGGAUCAGCUCUGGUCCUAGCCAUACAUACUAUCAUAUUCAUGAAACUGUAUUCAUACCAUGAGGUGAAUAGGUGGCUUCGUGAAGAAUGGGCACCUUUAGGUCUAAAAUCAGCUAUAAAACAUCCAGGUAUUUCAUCAUGUGCAUCUGAUCCAGGCAACAUUGCUGGGGGCAAUCCACAGCAACUGGUUACCUUUCCAGACAACUUGACAGUAAAAGAUCUUUACUAUUUUUUGUUUGCACCAACACUCUGUUACCAGAUGAAUUUUCCAAGAUCCUCAAAAAUACGGAUACGUUUCCUUCUGAGACGACUAUUAGAAAUGAUAUUUUUGAUUCAUCUUUUUAUUGGACUGAUACAGCAGUGGGUUUUGCCGGUGACUCGAAACACAAUGCAGCCUUUUGUUGAGAUGAGCCUGACUAUGAUGAUUCAUCAGUUGCUGCUGAUAGCGAUUCCCAAUCACUUCAUGUGGCUCAUAUUUUUCCAUGGGUUUUUCCAUUCAACCUUGAACUUUAUUGCUGAGCUAAUGCGGUUUGGAGAUCGGAGAUUUUAUCGGGACUGGUGGAACUCAGAGACUCUCACUUACUUCUGGUCAAACUCAAAUAUUGUUCUUCACAAGUGGUACAUGAGACAUAUUUAUAGACCACUGAUUGAGAAGGGUUAUUCAAAGUGGGAAGGACAAGCCUCAGUAUUCGUCCUGUCAGCAUUGUACCAUGAGUACCUAAUUGCUGCACCACUUCGUAUGUUCCGCAUGUGGUUGUUCAUAGAGAUGAUGCUCCAGGAAUAGUGCCAGAAGACUGGAGGAUGGAAAACGUUGUCCCCUUGUUCAAGAAGGGGAGUAGAGACAACCCUGGUAAUUAUAGACCAGUGAGCCUUAAUUUGGUUGUGGGUAAAGUGUUGGAAAGGAUUAUAAGAGAUAGGAUUUAUAAUCAUCUAGAAAGGAAUAAUUUGAUUAGGGAUAGUCAACACGGUUUUGUGAAGGAUAGGUUGUGCCUCACAAACCUUAUUGAAUUCUUUGAGAAGGUGACCAAACAGGUGGAUCAGGGUAAAGCGUUUGAUAAGGUUCCCCACGGUAGGCUAUUGCAAAAAAUAUGGAGGCAAGGAAUUGAGGAUGAUUUAGCGGUUUGGAUCAGAAAUUGACUAGUUGGAAGAAGACAGAGGGUGUUGGUUGAUGAGAAAUGUUCAUUGUGGAGUUCAGUUACUAGUGGUGUACUGCAAGGAUCUGUUUUAGGGCCACUGCUGGUUAUCAUUUUUAUAAAUGACCGGAUGAGGCCAUAGAAGGAUGGGUUAGUAAAUUUGCGGCUGACACUAAAGUCAGUGGAGUUGUGGAUAGUGCAGAAGGAUGUUGCAGGUUACAGAGGGACAUAGAUAAGCUGCAGAGCUGGGCUG